UCUCGGUGAGGUGCAGCGUGUAGCGUGGCGGAGUGAUCUCAGAAAUAUUGGAGGAGAGAGUGAGGGAGAGAAAUAGAGGCCUCAAGACUACGUCGUGGGCACAGUUUCGAGCAGAGAGAGAGAGGGAUGUGGUGGCAAGGCACAGUGCGCGCUACUGAUUAACGUAACAAAGACACGCUCGUACUGACGAUUCACAGAAAAAGAGACCGCCGUUAUUUCUGAGGAAGGAAAAAAAUCAGGGACUACCAGCCUGAGCAGUGAAAGGUCUUCAAAGAGAUAAAUAUGACAAAAUCAUCUUUUAGCCCCCAUCAGAACUUGGAUGCUCCACGCCAUGGUUAUGAGCCAUCAGAUGAACAGGAAAAAAUGGUCAUGAUGCAGGACAAAGUGUCUGGCCUAAAUUUACCAACAGAAAAAGAAGGUGAAAUGAGAUCAAAUGCUUUGUACAAUGGUGCAAGUGGAGAGGAGGUGUUCAUCACAUGUCCGCUCAACUCAUCUUUGGAGGGUGGGGAAGAAGAGAUGGAGGCACAGCAUGAAGCCAGGCACAAGUGGGGAAGAAAGACGGAGUAUGUGCUGUCCAUGGUGGGCUUCUGCGUCGGGCUAGGAAACGUCUGGAGGUUUCCUUAUGUGUGCAUCAGAAAUGGAGGAGGAGCGUUUUUGAUCCCAUUCUUCAUAUGUCUAACCUUGUGUGGCCUUCCCCUUUACCUGCUGGAGGUCUCCAUGGGUCAGUUCGUCUCUUUGAGUCCUUACCAUGUGUGGAGCAUCUGUCCUCUCUUCAAAGGAAUUGGGAUCUCGAUGAAUGUCCUGUGCUUCCUGUGCUCCUGGUACUACAGCAUGAUACUGGCAUGGUCACUUAUCUUCCUGGUCAACUGUUUCCGUGACCCAUUGCCAUGGACAGUGUGUGGGCAGUGGUGGAACUCACCUAAGUGCAUUACAAGACACAAUGUCUCUUCAGCAAGUGCCGACAAUAACUCCAAUAACUCCUCUUACUCGUUUGGACUCAAUAGUACUGCUUCCACUCUCUUUAUUGAAAAUGGUACGUUUUUUAACUCUUCUGUGAACAGUACGACAGACACCACUGAGAAGUUUGUGGGAGCCAGUGAGGAGUUCUGGAUACGAAAUGUUCUCCAGCUGUCUGAUGGUCUCCAUGAUGUUGGUAGUCUUCCUUGGCAAUCGGGUGUAGCUCUUUUUGUCUCCAGUGUCAUUGUCUUCCUAUGUAUUGUUAAAGGCAUUCACUCAUCAGGCAAGGUUGUGUAUGUUACAGCUACUUUACCCUAUCUGCUUCUUGUCGUGCUUCUUAUCAAAGGUGCAACAUUACCUGGAGCAAUGGAUGGUGUCAUCUUUUAUCUCAAGCCAGACUUCAGCAAACUGGGUAACCUUCAGACCUGGGUUGAGGCAAGCGUCCAGGUUUUCUACUCUCUGGGACCUGUCUGGGGUGGCCUCAUCACCAUGGCCAGCUACAAUAAGUUCAACAACAAUUGCCUCAGGGAUGCUGUUAUUCUUUCUUUCGUAUGUGAAGGCACCAGUGUCUUUGCUGGCUUUGCCAUCUUCACCAUCCUAGGACACAUGGCACACAAUCUAAAGGUACCAGUCGCCAAUUUCUCUGACACAGGUCCAGGUCUGGCAUUUGUGGUUUACCCAGAGGCCAUCUCCUACUUACCAGUACCACAGUUAUGGGGAGUCCUCUUUUUUGUUAUGCUUUUUACCCUAGGGCUGGAUACUCAGUUUGUUAUGUGCGAAACAAUUCUCACUACAAUUGGUGAUCUAUGGCCUCAGUUUGUAGGAAAAUCUAAGGUCAUUUUUAAAGUGGUUUUCCUGUUCAUACUGUUCCUCAUCAGCCUUCCAUAUGCUACAGAGGGUGGCAUGUAUCUGUUCCAACUGGUGGAUUGGUACUUUGCCUCUUUUGCAAUGGUUUUGGACGGACUACUGGAGCUAGUCGUGGUCAACUGGAUCUAUGGCUCUUCACGCUUUCUGGAUGACAUCAAGAUGAUGAUUGGCUACCGACCACCCUAUUUGUUUGUUGUAUUCUGGAGGUUCAUCACACCAGCUAUUUUAUUAACGGUGUUUGUGAGUACUUUGAUGAGUUAUGGACCUCCUGUUUAUCACGGCUACCACUAUGACUCUGUGGGAAUUGGACUUGGAAAAUUUAUAGCCUGUGUUCCACUUAUUCCUAUUCCAGCGUAUGCUGCAUACCUUUUCAUAAAGACCCCUGGUACUUUCAUACAGCGCCUGAAGACAACAUUAUCUCCAUCCAGCCAAUGGCAACCAGCAGACAAACGACUGAGAAGUGGGAAAAACUGAGACCGUUAAGCUUCUCUGGAUUAGCUAAAAAACAUCUGGGGUUGAGCACAUUUCAAUUUCUCAUUUUUUAGCUUGUGUUGGUAGCUGUAAUUUCUAUUGCUGAUUGUUUACAUUUUGUAGCUCAGAUUCUUUCUGUAUUAUGUUCCCCUUUAAUGUGACUGUGUUCUUAUGCCAUAAUUUAUGUGCAUGAAGAAAUUCAUGAUUUUUGUUUCCGGACUGAUUUUAGCAUCCUUUAAAGCUACCGGGGGUUGAAGCCUUAGCUCGGUCUGAUGUUGGGUCCUUGGGGAAUGGCACUUUACACUUGGCUCGGUCCUUUCAGAGAUGAACAUUGAACUCGGAGGUCCCACCUCUUAAAUAACCUAUUAGUGUUGAUAAGGGUAUUAAACUCAUACCAUUUCACUAUUUUUCUCUAACGCCACCUUAAAACUUAAAAUAGGCAGCACUUCAUUUUCAUAUAUUUAGGAGCAUAAAUAAUGAGGUCUUCUGUUUGUUUCGGGGGACAUAUUUUUAUGAUAAUUAAAGCGGACACCUGAAUAAAAUAAUUUCCCAAGCUUAAUCUGACACAGUCUGUGAAAUGUUAAAAAUGUUUCUGGUUACAUGAAAGAGAUUGAAUCAUAUUCUGAUAUGUUACAAGGAAAAAUUCUUUGAUCUACAGUUGAACCUACCAAAAUGGUAAUCUGUCCUGUCCGAGAUGGAAAACUGUCAUAACAGAAUCUCUCCCCCCCCCCCCCCCCUUCCACCUUUGACAGGAUCAGUAUCAGUUCCUCUAAAUGUAUCUGUCUAACAUAGAAACCCUCACAAUCUAGAAACAGACAGAGGAGUUUCUUCUUUUUGGAGGAUUUUUGCUUGUCAAAGGUGGAGAAUGCUUUGCCUGCUUUUAUAAUGGCUUUCCAGCUGGUCCUUCUGGGUUUUUUUUUAGGGCAUAGUUUUACUUGGCUACAAUUGUUUUUUGUAAGAUAUAUUUUCCAUCCUAGUAACUCAAGUACUGAUGAUCAGAAUGCAUUGACACCAGGCACAAGGAUACUUGAUACCAGAGGUGAAAAAAAGUUUUCAAAA